AUGCAAUCUUGGUGUGUGUGUAAAACCAAGAAUUCUCAUGCUUUACUGAACCAUUGUGUGCUGCGUAGUUUUGCACGCCCCGGCAUGACUAACGGAAUGAAAAUUGGCCCAAUUGUCAUGGAGUCUACACUAUCCUCUCACCUGGACCACAAACAAACAAAAGCCAUGCUUUUUUUAGGCCCAAUUAUAUAUAUCAGGGAUUCAGAAAUAUAUUCCUUCGCUGGGCCUCAUUCAAUUAUGAUCACUGAGUUUUGUAGAAUGAUUAUCGAUCCUCUGGACUUGGAUAAUGGAUCUGUCAUCUCAGAAACCCACCGUAUUCUUUGA